AAUUGUGUCAUGUAAACAACCCCUUAGUUAAAUAGUUUUAAUAUCACUUAAUUGUUUCUUGUGGUGGUGUUGGUGUGGAUGUCAAAACUUCUGGCUAAGUAGGUUUUUUUUUUUCUUUGGUAAACUUUCAGAGCAAUGAUGUUCAUUACACCUACAAGUAAUCAAAUGUUUGCAGCUACAUUGAUAGUAACACAACAAAAGUAAGUAAAAAGCUCUUCAGUAACUUUCUUCACAGUCUUUCUCAUUGCUAGCAUGUCAAACAGGUGUUCUGAAUUACAUUGUCAGAUUUGAAACACUGCCCCCUAUGUGCAGCAAAGUCCCAACUGUGUCUCCCCUUUUGGACCUGAAGUGACCCAUAGCCCAUGUGAUACGAAUUUUACAGGCAACGACAACAGUCUCUGUCUGUAAACUUUUCUGAGCUAAAUUUAGCACUGGGUCAAACAACAAGGUUGCUUAGCUAUUGCAUAGAUAUUAUAUAGCAUGCGAAGACUUAGAAAGCAUGAUAUGUUUAGCCAACAAUAUCAGGAGCGAGAGAUGAAUGGACUAGAAUGAAGGGACAAAAACAGAGGUGGGUCGUCUCAGAGAAAGUAGAGCAAAUCACUGUUGACCUGCAUAAGAUCACCCAGAGGACCCAAAUAUUACAGCCCAAAGGUGAACAAACACCCAAAUCCCUGUAUGCGUGUAAGUGCGCGCAUUUAUUUAUACAUCUUCAAACGUCCUCCUUCUUUGGGCCAUGACAGGUGCCCCUCAGCUCCACCUGUCCAUCCUUUUCCACAGCCACAUGGUGGUGGACAAAUCCAGAAAGGGAUCAGUCAUUCAAAAAAUGGCAUGCUGAAGUGCCACGGGGCCACGGAAGAUCUCUGGACACCGGAUCAGACGCAGCUGCCCCCCGGCUGCUAUUUUCACUCAGCUUAAAGCACCAUGGGCAGCCAGCAUCUAUGCCAUGGACUACCCACAACAACCAGUCUGUCUCUGCACACCAUGAAGUCCACUGCAGGCGAGCAAGGGCUAACUCAUGAACAUCCUUCACACGACACCCAGAGCUUACCCUCCGACCCUGAUGAGCUCGACAGCGGCAGUGACAGUUCGGAGAAAUCCACAGGGAGCCCAACACGGGGCCACAGGGAGGCGGGGAGACACCGAGGAGGCCGUAGACUCUCAGGGGUUAGUAAACAACGGCAGGCAGCUAAUGCUCGGGAGCGAGACCGUACACACAGCGUCAACACCGCCUUCACGGCUCUACGCACCCUCAUCCCCACGGAGCCGGCCGAUAGGAAGUUGUCGAAAAUUGAGACUCUGCGAUUGGCAUCAAGCUACAUUUCACACCUGGCCAACGUGCUUCUGCUAGGGGAGGACUGCAGGGAUGGGCAACCAUGUCUAAAAUAUCAAAACAUCUUACAAAGCAACACCAACCUCAAAACCCCACCAGUACGACCCAUCUGCACCUUUUGCCUGAGUAACCAAAGGAAAAUGCUUAGAGACGGAGAAAAGCAAACAACUGCGUGACAGCAGAAGUUCUCUGACUGACUGCUGCUAUGUACAAGCUCUCAACUUCUGAAUGUUUACAUGUAUAGACAUCGCCUUGCACAGAGACAAGACUUUCUGCUGUAUGUUUUUUUUUUUUUAAAUCUCUGAGGACAGCCAAAAUGAGCGACAAGAAGAGAGAUCUUCUUUCAGAGAUUCUUGAAGAAUCUGCACUUUUUCUGCAUUUCCGAUAAAUGUGUUGCUUCUGCAUGUGUGGCCACCUUAUCAACUGUUAUUGGUUAAUGUAACUGGAGAAUAUGUGUAACGUUGCACCUGGUGGGAGGCUAUUUCAGUAUCAGAUAUAGUAAGCUACACCAUCCCUUGCCUUAAAAAAACAGUCUUGUGUCUGCCUCUUGCAUGUCACAUGAUGGUAACUGAAACCUUGCGGUUUGCAGUGGUCGCUGUCAGUACAACAGCAGGCAAAAUCUCAUCCCCUCCCUCUUGUCUCAACAUCUAAGCUGGGACCCCAAUCCCAACAUGUCUCUCAGGAGACUACACCCAAGAAUCUAACCUCGGCACGAGAACUUGGGUUGGGCAAAGCAUGCUCAAUAUGUAUUUCAAAAGUUCAAGUGGCGCAACUGAAUGCUAAAGGUGGAAGUAUUUCAUAAUGAGAACAUAAUCUUUCAUGUCUUGGGAACAAGGUACAUGAUCCCUAACACGAGCCUUGGGUCAUGACCCUGACCCCAAAAAUGAUAUAGUCUUGUCUCAAAUGCUACCUGCAGUCCUUACGGUCUUUCUUUGAGUCCACAGUUUGGUGACAUAACGCCGCAUAGACUGUCGUGUAGAAGACAUGCUCAAGGAAAUGGGUACAACAAGGUCAUAACACCAAAUUCGGUCUUGUGGAUUUCAUUGACAUUGCGCGAGAGAAGGCCAUGUUACCACAAGUCCAAAUCACAAGCAUACAUCUUGGGCCCUGUUUACACCUGGUAUUAAGGUCACCUGGUAUUGGUCGAUCUCAUCACAAGUAGAUGAGGGAGACGUACCGGUUUACACCUCUUUUUUCUUCUCCAUUUUCAAGUUGAAAACCCAUCUGGCUAGUGCGCUUACCAUGUUUACAAAUUAGGUAAGUAGGCGGAGAGCAGGAGGUCUUUUGUGGCGGUUCGAAUAAAUCGAUAACAUAAGCAUCUACACUACGAAAACAAUAUGGUCGAAUGCAUUUUCAACUACCUCUGAAGUGGUCGAAAGUGGACCAGCUCAAAACAUUUCAGACCCCAUUUACACCUGUAUUGAGCGUCGUCCACUUAAGUACACUAUGGGUUACGCGUAUUUGGCAUGCUGUUCGAGGGGGGAUGGGCUCAGAGCCCGGAAUUGUGGCCCAAACCCAGAGUAGAAGUGAGGAGAUGGGGCGGUGGAGGGAUGUUGAUAAAUUGUCAACGAACAGGUAAGUCAUAUACACCUCUUAUCGUUAUUUGGGUUGAUUGGCUGAAUGCGCCCCUCCGCCCCUGGGUUAAUUAUCUGAACGUGCUCCUCUCAAACUUUGUAAAUAAAAUAUCAUGCGAUCAGAUCGACCAAACGCAUCUUUAUACCAAGUGUAAACAGGGCUUUCGGCAUGCUACAAGAUUGCAUUUCAAAUCUUCAAGACUGUUGUCGAUGUAAUAGUGCGUACUUGUUGCCUCAUUUAUAAAAUGUGCGUCCGCACAAAUUUGAUCUUAGAGUGUGUACUAAACUCCAUACAUUAUUAGAAAAGUAGUCUCUGACUUUGAAAAGUGCUUAGUGCCACGUCAGGGUCUUAGCAGAUGUACAGACCUGUUCUUUGGAGUCUGAGCACUGCAGGUAUUUGGAAAUCAAACACAAUUUCAAGAUCAUUUGCGAUUUCACAUCUGGAAGAGGUUAGUUCUCUGAAUCACAUGUACGCACAUAGGAGAAAAGAUAGGAAGAUCAAAUGUUAACAUUUUAUUAAAUUAAUGAGGCCCUUGUCAAUUACAAAAAUAGUCUCCACAAUUGUCUCUUACAAACAUGCAAAUAGCUAUAUGAUAAUUAAUUUGCACCAAAUGGAACCAA